CGUCGAUAUUUGUCGAACAACUCGGCAUUCGUUUCACGCGAGCUGGGUCAGCUGAGAUACCCACCAAGAGUUUUUACGCGAGGCAUGCACUCCUGUAAACUGGGAACAUUUAACGACCCCGUAAUAUCAUGAAUAAGGAACUGCCCACAUUUUCAAUCAUAUUCACUGAAAAUUCUUCGGGUGAUUGACUGCGAUAAAUAAUGGAAAUCCCCAAAAUAGGGUUUACCGUGGAGGCUGGUGCGCAGGAAUAUCCCUCGGAAGGUCCAGAAGACCCGCAUUUGCUACGAAAGCCGCUAUCAUAUUGUGACAGUCCAUGUGGGGAAACUCGCCGCGAGGAGGCACCGGAAGAUCGCGAAAGCAAUCCAAUGCGAAUAAGCUCAAAAGGUUUAGUCGGGCCAUAUGUGUCAGAGGACAACGAUCGUUGGGAAGUGCCGUACCCCGAGUCACUUGCCUCUUCCCUUAUUUAUGGUGACACCAUUGAAAAUAAUUUGAUAGAAAUGAGCCCACAUCUGUCAGAAGACUCCGUCAUGGUUCCGAUCAACGGUUGCCGUACCAACCGGUGGAGGUUGAAGGGUAUGCAUGACGGAAGUCAGAUAAUCCCGAAAUCACAGCGUUCAUCUACCAAUCUGAAAGAAGAUGAUACCAUAUUGCUUACUUCUUCGGCUUCGUUGCUCACGGAUGAUGGUGAGAGACUACAUGAGCCAGUGAAAGCCCGUGUGCAAUAUCAUCGUCGUAAGCGAUUAGAAUGGAGACUACAAAACAGUCAGCCAUUGUCACCGGACAGUAAACUCCGUGACUCCGUCAAUAGUUGGACGGUGUAUGACGAUUUGUUAGAAGAGCUUGAAGACAGUCUGGAGACAGCAGCACGUUGGCGAGAGCAAUCUGGACAGGUGGAUGCAAGUGACUCAGUCAACGGACUAGGGUUCUCCCAUCCAAAUGAAUUGUAUCAGAUUAUCGAGAGUUAUUUGCAACAGAAACUUCGUGAUUUCGAGUAUCAAUCGCAACUCUGUCAGCAGAACAACCCAACGAUUCCAGUCAAAGCGUACAGCGAGAUAGCCACAAUGACAGAGGUUGAGGGUAAAGAGGAGGAGGAUGAAUCUGCUUACGCAAUGAGGGCACAUUGUCUCCCUACCUGUCAGUGUGUGCCCAAAAGAAGCAAAACGAAACGAUAGUCUCCCCAGUUAUAAACUUCUGCUGCCUGAGCAUUUGAACUACUGUCUCACCAUAUGUUAGUUUCAUUCGGGUUUCAACUUUAAGUUGCAUUACGCGUGAAGUUGUUGCUUUAUUUCCCGAGUUUAUCUCAACUGCAUUAUUCUUAUUUGGAAUUAUUUAUCCACACUGCUUGAUACAUACAGUCUGCGUUACAGCUUUCCCUUAACAAUGUUCCAGUUCGUAACCUGUCG